UUUAGUUUAUGCAUACCUCGUAGUUUUAUGCCUUUGUCCUCAGAAAAUCAGUGCAACUGUGUUUUUGUCCUCAUUUCAGAAAGUAAAACAAAUGUAUUAUAUUCAUCACACAGAUAUUUAAAACCUUUAUUUCUUGUAGUUUUGACGUUUCUGACUCAUAAAUAAUAAAACCCCUCAGAACAUCAGAGUAUUACGUCAAUAAAAUAUGAUAUUUUAAACAGAAAUGUCAGGUAACAUAUUCAGUAAAGCAGUUUUACGCCCCGACGUGUUUCCGGCUGUAAUGACGUCAGUUUCUCUCUCCGCUUUAAACGCCGCUUCAGCUCAGAGUGGACCGUUAUGCUGCGUUCACGUGAUCCCGGAAUUUCUAUUAUCAUCUUGAAGUAAACGUUUAAAAUGGAGCACUGCGGUCGCCCUGGAUGACAAUUAGGGUGGACAGUCUAGGAUUAUAUUAUAUAGACAUUUUGAGUCACUAAAUUAAAACAUACCGCAACUUGUUAGCUUUACACGCCAAGUUUGAUUAAAAAGAAACUACGUUUUUACAUGGAUGUAAUCAUUAACUGUGCUAUAUACUUUAAUUGUCAACGUGCAGCAACAUUUUAACAUUAACUUAUCAAAUCCAGUUGUCAACUAUCCCGAGUUGUUCUUGUUCUAAUCUAACAAGUGAACGGAGGACAUUUGAAUCGUAAUUCUCUAUUCCCCAGUAACACUGAACGCAGCACCAGCUUCUGUAGGACUAGCUUGGUGUAUUUUGUCCUAAGCAGGCGGCCGUAGUUGACACCUGGAACAUAAAGAGUAAUGUGAGAAAUGGCGACGUUGUUUCGGGAAUAAUCCAGAAUACCGUCAGCAAUCGAAGAAACAAUCAAAGUUUUUCCGUCGUCAUGGACGCGACUUGCUGCGACGCCGCCGUGACUCCGCCCUCUCUGACCGUCCAGGUGUGUUUUCCCGGCGUCCGCGCUGCCGUUCUGGACAACCUGAACCGGCAGCGUGAGGAAGGCCGGCUGUGCGACCUUUCCAUCCAGGUUCAAGGUCAGGUGUUCAGGGCCCAUCGCUGCGUCCUCGCUGCAUCCUCGCCUUACUUCCACGACCAGGUGUUGCUGAAGAACGUAACGACGGUGUCGCUUCCCUCCGUCUUGGACCCGGUCGCCUUCCAGAGUGUCCUGAGUUCUGCCUACACCGGCCAGCUGAGCAUCAUCCACGACGACAUCGUCAACUACGUCACCGUGGCCAGCUUCCUCCAGAUGUGGCACAUCGUCGACAAAUGCACCGAGAUCCUGAAGCGGCCGCGUCCGUCGGCGGAGCCCGAGAAGGAAGACAUGCGGCAAAUGUCUCCAGGCCGGGAAUCGAACCUGCGAACACCAAGUCCUCAAUAUUUUGAUAUGUACAGCAUUUUGAUAACAACUGAAGAUCUUCGGGUUCCAGGCGGCGCUGAGGAUGGCGGGCGUUCCGCUGGGAGGCAGACUCUGGAUCUGAUGAAGGACAGACUCCAGAGAGACGACCCGUCCUCUCAGGUCCCUGCCGGCGGGCCGGGCGCUCCGGGUCCGCCGUGCGGCUCCUGGCCCGACGAAGAGGAGGAAGAUGAUGGAGACGUAGACUUGGAGUGCUUCGGCUCGUUCGAUGAGAUCGAGGACGGGACGGGACACGUCUCCCAGCGUCCUCUGCUGUCCCCAGACUUCAACAUGGCGGAUGGGAACUGGCCGUCGUCCUCCGCCGCGUUUCCCCCGCCGCCUCCCUCCCCGCCGACGCCGUCCUCCUCGUCCUCGGCGUCCGGCGGCGGCGGCUACGCGGGGAAGGUCCACCUGUGCCACUGCGGGAAGGCGUACACGCUGAAGAGCAUGCGGGACCGCCACGUGAAGAUGCAGCACCUCAACCUGCGGCCGUUCGGCUGCCCCGUCUGCACCAAGUCCUUCAAGAUGAAGCACCACCUGACCAAGCACCUGAAGACCCACGGCGGCCUGCGGCCCUACGAGUGCAGCCUGUGUGGGAAGAAGGUGGUGUGGAGAGACAGCUUCCUGCGCCACCAGGCGCGGUGCCAGAGGCUGGCCUCUGCGGGCGGCGCCACGGCGGCGCAGCUGGAGGACAGAUAUGGGUUGGGGUUUGAUGACGGGGAAGUGUUUGUGGCGGCGGGACAGGUGAAGGUGGAGGACGAUGGGAUGGGCGGACUGCUGGGCGACGUUCCCGGCAUCCUGGGAGCGCCGCCUCAGGAUCUGGGCUCUGUUGGUCACGUCUUCAAGGAGGAAGCAGCCGAGCGAUUCAGCGAGAGCUAAAAGUGAUGAAAGGCUGCAGGAAUCCUGAGCUCUGCUGUCAAUUUCCUCUUUGGAAAUUAAUUUGCUUUUUGCACAUAAGUUAUUAAUUUGAACUGAAAUAAAUGUAGUAAAAUGUUUUUCUGUCA